CUUUGCCCGCUCUUCUCAUUCGUCCUGUCACAAUCGCAGAGAUACGACACUAAUGAAGGGGGCUUUCGCGCUUACUGUUUUACUUGCGGCUACAACCGCGUAUUACUUCUACAUUCCGCUACCAAGUACGAUUUCAGAACCAUGGAAACUUAUGCUCAUCGAUGGAGUGUUCCGUGGUAUCAUGCAUGUGGGACGCCUGGCUGAUAGCCUGGGUGUCUGCCACUUCCUCCAUGUGGUCAACUUCUCCAUGACGCUUGACGCGCCGGACUCGGUGUCCAGUGAGAACCUGCUGGUCAGCGACACCACCGUGGGCGGCGUCAACGCCCGCAUAUGCCAGUGGACCGGAGGUUCUGCGGGCGAGCUCAGGAGGGCCGUGGUGUUCUUCCAUGGAGGUGGCUGGGCGCUGGGCAGCGGCAAGAAGGGAGCCUAUGCAACCCUUUGCAAGAAAAUGGCAAAAGAUCUGAAGGCAGUCAUUUUAUCUGUUGAAUACCGCUUAGCUCCUGAGGCUCACUUCCCGGAUCAGUUUGAGGAUGCCUUCCAGGCCUCUAAGCACUUCCUCCAGCCUGAGGUUCUGGCCCAGUACUCUGUGGACCCAGAGCGUGUGGGGGUGUCAGGUGACAGUGCUGGGGGAAACUUGGCUGCAGCUGUAGCUCAACAGGUGGCUACAGACAGCAGCAUUCCCGUUAAGUUCAAGGUGCAGUCUUUGAUAUACCCUGUGCUGCAGACCCUGGACUUUAACACACCAUCAUAUCAGCAGAACCGGAAUGUUCCGAUCCUCUACCGCCCGCUCAUGGUCUGGUUCUGGCUGGAGUACCUCGAUGCGGACCGCGGCUUCCUCCCGGCAAUGAUAAUGAACAACCACACCGCUCAGGACCUGGAGCAAGUCGACCCGUUCCGGGCCGCGGUCGACUGGACCGCUCUGCUCCCACCCCGGUUCACGGAGGGGUAUGAACCGGUGGUCCAGGCCCACGGCACGCCCCGGAUAGUGGAAGAGGUGCCGGGGCUGCUGGACGUGCGGGCCUCCCCCCUGCUUGCGGAGCGGGAGGUCCUUACCCAGACGCCCCGGGCGUACAUCCUCACCUGCGAGCACGACGUGCUGCGGGAUGACGGGCUGAUGUACGGGCGGCGGCUGGAGGAGGCGGGCGUCGCCGUAACCAGCGACUACUACGAGGACGGUUUCCACGGCUGCCUAACUUUCAGCUUCUGGCCCACCUUCUUCACGGUGGGCGAGCGGGCCUUGAGAAACUACAUCGCGUGGCUCGAUCAAAACCUGUAGCCCUUCCCGCUUCGUGACGUGCUGUUAGCUCAUGUUAGAUCAGGGGUGCACAACCAGGGCUGAUCCAUUUCAGGAUUUUGGGCCAACUUCCGCUCUUAAUUACUUAAUUCGCUGAAUCAUAUCAUGAUAUGACAUCUGUAUGAGCACCAGCUACAGACAUAGACUAUAAGUGUAACCUAAAGAUGUUACUGUGCUCCAGCAAAGGAGUGAACCAGCAAGGUUUAUAGAAUUGUCAGAAAACAAACUAAGGUAAUUGGUUGGAAUAAAAACCUGCACGCAGACACAGGGGUUCCAACCAAUUGCCUUGUUUUUAUCUUGCUGGCAGCCCUAUAAAUUACCCUGGUUCAAGCCUGUACUUGAGUCCAGUAAAAUCAUUAGGAUACACUUGCAGUCUGCAGCUGUAGCCUGUACUCAUACACAUGUCAGAUAAUAUAUGAUUGAGUCAAUUCAAUAAUUAAUAAGUUUGAGUGCUUAAUUGUAAUUGAAUGUUAAAAUUGUUUUUUUUGCUUUUACACAUUUUCAUAUUUUAUACAGACUUUGUUUUAUCACGUCUGGAUUUGAUACUGUGAUUUUUGCCAAUUCAAACUUCAUUUUUUGUUACAUUUUACAUUUUACAAAUAUUUUUCUUCAUUCAUUUUUAAACAUUUGGAUUUCACCAUGUAGAAAUGAUGCUACUUUUUAGUCCCCCUAUUGAUAUGUUUCUGAUUAAUCAGGUGUAUCCAAUUGCCUUUCAGUAUCUAGUCUUGAUUGUAGGCGUUUGAUUGCGUUUGGAGUGUAGGCUUAGUUAUUGGGCUUUAUCAACAUGAACAGAGUUGAAAGUCAAUGAAAGUCAAGGUAGCCAUUAAAUCCACAGCCACAGAAAUUGAGAGGCUACACUGCCGCAGACCACUAGUAAGCUUUAACAGGUUACACCCUGCUAAGAAGUACCUGAACGAGCCUGCAGAAUUAUGGAAACGGUAUUUUGGACAGAUCUUGGUCUCUUCUGCAAGUUGUAGCCUGGCCAACCUCAUUUUAGAUCUAGAAACAUAUGUGUUUGACCCAAACAUUCUAGAAAAAGUAGUGGAAACUGUGCAACUUUGAAAUCUGUUUAUUGUGGUGUCUAAAUGAUUGACAGGUUCUGCAUUGUAUGAAAACUUGAAAGUCAAUGUGAAAACGUUCAAGUACUCCUUUUGUUGAAAUCAGUGUAAACCACCUGAUCACUGAAGCUCAAGACAAGAUUAAUAUAGGGAUCAUCCUUAUUAAGAAUUUUCAUCACUGAUAAUGGUUAUCAUGUUUGUCAUUGGACUUACUUAUCACUGGUACAAGAUAUGCGGUCUUCCUGGACAUCGUACUAUAAAGACAUCCCCUUUGCAACUGAUAAUACAAGUCCUUACAAGUAAAACGCAACAAAUACUGCCUCGUUCCAGAAGAAUAAAAAUAAAAUUUCUUCCUUG